AUGCGGGUAACGCUGGCACAGGGUGAUACUCAAAUUUGUGUUAAUUGUAAGUGGAAACGCUUUGGAAAUGGAAAUGCAGACGAUCGGGGAGAAGAUCCCACGAAAGGUUUGACCGCUAGCGGUGUAAUGAUCAAUGAAUUAGACUGUUUUCUUAUUAAUAAAAUUGACAUUUUACCGACGGACAUUUUAGCUAAGCUAUGUGUCGAUCACUUUGAAGACGAUGAUAUUGAUUUCGCGAAGAGAACAUUAUUUGAUCUCUGUUGUAACGAUAUCACUUCGAGAUUUAUUAAACGGCAGGGACACAACAAACGGUCUAAUAAUGUACUUGAUAUGAUAAAGCUCAUUCAUGAAAUUGAUGAAGAAAAUUUACCUUGUUUUGUGGCAAAGAAUUUGACCAAGUUACCUCCAUUUGACAUAACACAUGUGGACGUAUCUUUUAUGGCAAAGAAGCUGAAAUCAUUAAGGCGUGAGGUAUUGGAACUUAAAUCAGAGACAAAUAAAGACUUGAUGCAGGAUUUGAGCUUUAUUCGCAAGAAACUUAAUCAGUUGAAAUCUCGGCUUAGCUCACCAAGGGUGGAUGAUGUCGAAUUGAAUCUGCCGUCAGCUAUUGAACGCGAAAUAGAACCUAAUGCCAAUGAAUUGAUAAUACGUGAAACAGACUAUAAUUUAGGUAGGCCUAUACCCAGACAUGCGAUUGGAAAAACACCAACUCAGAUGUCUGAGCAAACUGAAUCAGUUUCGUAUGCUGAGAUUGCAAAAACACUCCGACAUGACGUAACCAAGAAUGUGCCACUUAAGUGGAACAGAGAGACUGAAUCAACAGUUGGUGUAACUAAGAAUGCAACACCUGUAGUGUCGACUAAAGUCAUCAGUAAAUCAACAAGCAACUAUAACAAUGAAUUUACUAUAGUACAAAGGCGCCAGCAACCAACAGUUGGGACAGCAAAAGUCAAUGAUGCUCGUACUAUCAAGGUAGCUCAUUCUAGCCCUCCUUUUAAAUUAUUUGUCACAAGACUUGCUCCAUCUACCACGGAACAGGAUAUCUGUAGUUAUGUAAAUCAGGUGUUUGAUAUAAAAGUGAAAUGUGAAAAACUUGAGACGAAAUUUGAUACAUAUGCCUCUUUCCAAGUAAAAACUACGAUUUCUCUAGCAAGAUGUCUUUUAAGUCCGACGUCAUGGCCAAAUGGCAUUUUAAUUCCUAAGUUUUAUUAA